CUAUUUCUAUCUAUCGCCGCACUCUCUGCUCUCUAGAGACUCGUCUUCUUCGCGGCCGUCUUCACCGAUCUCCGUCGUCAAUCAAGAUGGUGCUCCAGAACGAUAUUGAUUUGCUUCACCCACCAGCUGACCUCGAGAAGAGGAAGCACAAGCUCAAGAGGCUCGUGCAGACUCCCAACUCAUUCUUCAUGGAUGUGAAAUGCCAGGGAUGCUUCAACAUUACCACUGUGUUCAGCCACUCACAAACAGUUGUGGUGUGCGGGAACUGCCAGACAGUUCUGUGCCAGCCAACUGGUGGGCGUGCCAGGCUUACCGAAGGGUGCUCUUUCAGGAGGAAGGGAGACUGAUGCUGCUACAUUAGUACACUUUUGACUCUAAAUUAUGUGCAAGAGGGCUUUUGACCCUUGAUUUCAUGGAAAAGA